AUGUCUCUUCACUCUGGACAGUCCUCCAUUCCCAGCGAGGCCCACUCCCACUCCAGCGCGGCUGGUGACCAGUUACCCCUUGAUAUGAUAGAACGUCUCAUACAGCAGGUCGAAGACAUGAACAAGACGCUCAAAGAGCAGAGCCAUGAGUUCGGAGCGCAGAUCGAGAAGGACGACGCAAUUCGCGCCGAGGUCGCCCGCUACGUCCCCCCCAUCAACGCCGCCGAUGCCAACCUUCAGUCUCUCAGCAAGACGUUCAACUUCGAGACUGACCAUUUCACGAAGGCCGUCACGAACUCGUUCAAUGAACUCGCCAGCACCAUGAACGGAAACGCAUUGGCCACUGCAGGGAUGCAUCGCGAGUUGCUGGCGAAGCUCCAGAAGGCGCUUCCCAUGAAGUAG